AUGGCUUUUUUUUUGCGCCUCAAUCGACUGUCGGGAAACUCUCUUUUACAGUUCAUAUUUAAUGAUUGCCCUGUCCUUCGUAGUUCACUAUCUAACAGUUUGGCCAAACGUGCUCGCCUUAUCACUACCGUAAAAUCCAGCACUGCAGGAAUUCACGCUUCUACCAAUUUCGUCCCAGAAGCUUCCGAGCAAACGGCUCCUUUUUGUCUGAAUAAUCUCAAACCAGAUUCCAAGUCACUUUCUGUCGGUGAUUCUUUGCCCGCCCCUGGCCUGGCUUCAACUAGAAUACGCUUUCAUGUGCCCCGAAAGCCUCUACGUCUGAGGGGCAGUGAAGGCGUUGGCGGCGGCCCUGAAGGCAGACUUUCACAGCUACGACGAUGUGUUUCUGCUUUGGUUCGUGAAGAACGUCUAGAGUUGCCUUGGAAAGUGGCCUGUGAGACUCGCCAGUAUGCGGAACGUCUGAUGCAGCUAGUGGUAAUAGCCUCACAUGAAUCAGGAGGUCAUUGUCUUCUGCCUAGACAUUUACAGCUGCCGACUACCAAUGAACUUGAGAAUACUGAUGCAGACCACAUCGUUGAUACUGCUAUCCUCGAGUUGAUGGAAUUCUGGUUGAUGGAGCCCUCAUUAAUGCAGAAAAUGAUCUAUGUUCUACUACCGCGCUACUUCCACUACAACCGUGCAUAUACCAGUCUCUUUCGGCUAAUCCGACCACACCAUUCUGAUGAUAGAGUGUUUUGUCAAGAACAUGGCGUGCUCGAACUUCAUGGAAACCCCUGGCCGCCUAUCGGUCGGCCCCAUCUGUUAGCCAAAGGCGCCAAAGUUACAGAGCCAUACAAAUCAUCUUAUCUUAUCAAUUUAUUGGUAUCAGGUGCUAAGCUUGCCUUUAAGCCUACUCAUUCAGUUGAUAGCCAAGAUUCUCAGGAUCUGCAUACUAGUAACCGGAAGCUGGUAACAGGAAAUUGA